UCAUAAAGUGGCACAUCAUGUAAUUUGUAUAUCACAAUCUCCCCGAUUUCGCUCUAAAAUUCUUCAGAUUUAUUUUUUUUGUUCUUCGAUUCGAUUUCUUUUUCGUUCAAUUCGAUUUAACCUCUAUCGAUUGAUCCCGGUUUCGUUUCUAGUGUUAGGGUUUCGAAAUUCUCUUAAACCAUUCGAUUCUUUUUCGAUUUUGUUUGAUCUGUGAGUCUUAGGGUAUAUUCUAGCUUUUAUUUGUCCAUAUUUAUCUGGGUCAGCCUUCAUUUCUUGGAUUCUUUGAAAAGUUUGAAACUUUAUCGGGGCUUUCGAAGCUUCGAAUUUUCGAUUGAUUUAUAUUGUGAAAUUUUGGCGAAAAUAUUUAUUUGGAGUUUCUGUAUUUUAUCUUCGUUAAUUUUCUAUAUAAUUGUUCAAUAACAAGGGAGCUAGAUUUCUGGUUUUGUAAAUUGGGGUUGUUUCUAUUGGGUUUAUUUGAAUUUUAAUUCGUCCGCAGGUGUUAUUAAUUGAGUUCUUCAGAGGAAGAUUUAGAAGUUGACUUUUCGGGGAAAAAUGAUUCACAAAAGACACUUUGCUGAUGAGGACCAUUCGAGUUUCCUUGUAAGCACCCAAAACUAUGUGACUACACCAAUCACCUUGCUCCUAUCAUGGAUUUCAAUCCUUCCAAUGAUGCUGGUCUGGAACCUCUUAACUUCAGGUACUUCCGGCUGCAUUUCUCAAUUUCCGUGGGGAAACAGCAAUAUUGCUGAAGCAGAUGCAAAGUUUGAGGCGGCAUCCCAUCUGUCAUUUUUUCUAGAAUAUUUUGCACCUCAACACCAGCAAAGGGCUUCGCUUCAAUCCAAUGCGACUUAUUCAUCUCUUCUUGAAGCUCCUCCUCUGAUUCCAGUUUCUAUUGGACCUGAGCAUCAAGCUGAUGUUCCUGAAUGGAAUUCAAGGGGUUCUAAGAGCUUUGUGGAUAAUCUGGAUGUGUCAGGCCAUCAAGUUGAACUUGCACCUUCGUCAGAUUUUAGCCUUGUUGUUGACGAUGGUGAUGAGGAGAAGCUGAGGGGUACUUGUGUCAUUUUAAUGCCUGAUUAUGAAACGUCCGCCAAUUAUUGCUCUGAAAGAUGUGGAACCAGAAAUGAUUUUAAAUGCAUUGAUAGGGGUUCUAUUGAUUGUGUCAGACAUGUUAUGGAAGCCAGAGUAAAUCUUUUGGAAAACCUUGGGGGAAUGAUAUUUGAGGAAUUAGGUUUCUGUGAAAUGGGAGAGGAGGUCUCCAAGAGUGGGCUGAAGAGAAAGAGCAAGCUUUCCUUGAAGUUGUCUGUUCUAACCCUGCAUCGAUGGGGAAGAAUUUCUGGGACCAUCUCUCAUUGGUUUUUCCCUCCUGAACAAGGAGGGAUCUUGUCAACUAUUAUUACAAUGUCUUUAUACUACAGAAACAUGCCAAUCAAAAUAGGUUUCACCCGCACAAUGUUGACAGUGAUAAUGAUGAGUGGCAAAUAAGUGAACAUGAAGCUGGCGCGGCAGAGGAAGACGAGGGAGAUGAGGGAGAUGUGGAUGAUAUAUCUGUACAGCAUGUUAAGAACUCCUUUGGUGAUGCCGGUGGCAAUACCGACUUGCACAUCUUUUGAGUAAAAUUCAAAGCAGUUACAGGGAGGAUGAUGUACAAGAUGAUGCAUGCACAUCAUAUGAAUUUGAGCAAAUUGAAAGCUGUGCCCGCUCUAUACAGGGACUGAUCAAAAGCAGUCUAAUGAAGAUUGAUUCACAUGCUGUAUGUAUUAAAUGUUGUUAGGUUAAUUGAGCAUGAAUACUUUAUGUUUUGAAUCGUUGCAAUAUUAGAGUUUGGAUACUUAUACAAGAGGGAAACAGCUGAUUUUGUUAAUGAGUGUUUACUUCUGAUCUCCUAAAUUAUAUUUGGCCAUGGUUGGCAUAAAAUAUCGGUCCUGGAAGCCUUUGAGUAUGAGGGAUAGUUGGGAAGGGACUCCCAAAAGAUCCAUAAUUCUGACUAGUAACCAGACAGAAGAGAGAUUC